AUGCCGCACAGGAACCAGAGGAUUGUCGACUUCCCACCAGGCCGCGACUUAUUUCGGAAUAAUAAGACAUUCAAGACCGAAAAUAAUAAUAAAUCACUCUCAAACCUACUCAGCUCAGUAGGCAAGAUUCAAAACGUCAUCAUUUAUCGACUUAACCUUGACUUUUUCCAAGUUAACCAGUUUUUACUGAAUGCUAAAGAGCUUAUAUGGCUUCUCAAUACUCCAUUAUAUCUAGACGCUAUUAAACCUCUUAGACAGAGUGUUGAAGAAGUACUUCUUAUAGCAUAUCGAGAUGCUACCUCAAUCCACAAGGAAGCUGAUAGGAAGAUUGCAGAAAUUGAGGCUCAGAGAGAAAGGUUAAACCUGGAGGAGCAGGGCGUUAAACGUCAUCGGGACGAGAACCUGGAUAACCUCCGAGAUUCCAUCGAGCGUGGCAUAUUUGCAGCCAUGGGAUACGCUAAAGAUGCUUUACCGGAUAUCGGACUAGCAGAGAACCGUUGA